AGAGAGCACGAUCAAGGAAGUGAAAGAGACUCUAUGAAAGGGUAGUGUAGGCUCUUCAAACACUGGAUUACUCAAGUCAAGUCAUUCAAAGAAGACGUAAAGAAGUUAGGUGCGUAUUAACGCGGGAAGGUUAAUUAAACAGGACCUGAUGCGAUAGCAGGAGAAUAAGCCAUGGUGAGAACCCAAAAGGGCGAUGUGAAGUGGCCAGGACCUCUGUGACGGGGAAGCAGACACUGAUCCCACCUUACAUCUCAGUGGGCACCAAACCAAGUGGCAGGUUUUUUUGAGAAUGGGUUGUGCAUGCAGUGGUCAGAAAAAACAGAAAGAGGACAAAGGACCAAAGGGAACAGCAGGCAACAGAUCCCAUGAAACUGGUGGAUUCAAGCACAGUGCAGAUGCAGAUGUUGAUGUAGUUAUUGCUCAAUAUGACUUUAAACCAACAAAUGACACUGACCUGUCAUUUAAGAAGGGUGACCGACUCAAGGUUAUUCAAGACAAAGGUGACUGGUGGGUGGCCAAGUCUCUGGUCACUGGGGAAGAGGGCUAUAUCCCAAGCACAUAUGUGGCCAGAGUGCACACCUUGGAGGUGGAAAGGUGGUUUUUUAAAGACUUGAGUCGCAGAGACACAGAACGUCUUCUUCUAGCGCCGGGAAAUAAAGUCGGCUCCUUUUUAGUCCGUGAGAGCGAGACAACUAAAGGGGCCUUCUCACUCUCCGUCCGAGAUUCUUCGCAAGAACAUGGGGACGUAGUGAAGCACUACAAGAUCCGAAGCCUGGACAUUGGAGGCUUCUACAUCUCCCCCUCUCUGACCUUCCCUACCCUGCCAGAACUCAUCAAGCAUUAUUCUAGAAGUGCAGAUGGGCUGUGUCAGCGUCUGGGUAACCCCUGCAAGGCAACGGUUCCUCAGCAGCCCUGGGGUAAAGACGAGUGGGAGAUCCCGCGGGAGACACUCAAGUUGGUGAAGAAGUUGGGAGCCGGCCAGUUUGGAGAAGUCUGGAUGGGCUACUACAAGAACAACCUGAAGGUGGCCAUCAAGACGCUGAAGGAGGGCAGUAUGGAACCUGAGGCAUUCCUACAGGAGGCGAACCUGAUGAAGCAGCUGCAGCAUGAACGGCUUGUGCGCCUCCAUGCUGUUGUCACCCAGGAGCCCAUCCUCAUCGUCACAGAGUUCAUGUGCAACGGAAGUCUGUUGGACUUCUUAAAAACAGAAGAUGGGAAACAACUGAAACUGCCCAAACUGAUUGACAUGUCAGCACAGAUUGCAGAGGGGAUGGCCUACAUAGAAAGAAAAAACUACAUUCACAGAGAUCUGCGGGCUGCCAACAUUCUGGUGUCUGAGACGUUACUUUGCAAGAUUGCUGACUUUGGCUUAGCGAGAAUCAUCGAAACAGAGUACACAGCCAAAGAAGGAGCAAAGUUUCCCAUUAAAUGGACUGCCCCUGAAGCAAUAAACUUUGGGACAUUCAGCAUCAAGUCAGAUGUCUGGUCCUUUGGUAUUCUCCUGACAGAGAUAGUCACGUAUGGGAGGAUCCCCUACCCAGGCAUGACGAAUCCAGAAGUGAUCCGCAACCUGGAUAAGAGCUACCGGAUGCCGUGUCCAGAGGGCUGCCCGCAGGAGCUGUACGAGGUGAUGCAGAAAUGCUGGACGGAGAGGCCGGAGGACCGGCCCACGUUCGAGCACCUGCAGGACCUGCUCAGCGACUUCUUCAUCGCCACCGAGGGACAGUACGAGAUGCAACCCUAACCUGAAGGUUGUCAGAGGAGAGAGAGACAGAGGAGAAGACAAAGCAGAGGCCUUGACAGAGACAAUGGAUAGAGCUUCCAGGCACAACAUCAACACUUGAAAUAGACAAAGAAGAGACUGAACAGGGACAUAUGUGGGCCCAAACAGAAUGAGAAGAGUCUCAGAGAAUCUGCCGAAAGAUGAAAUAGUGUUCAACAUGACCAUUGGCACCCACCAUGAUGAGGCUUGAGGCUUUGAUGAGAUGGAGUCUGUGAACUGAGAAACUGUCUUAGGGACAGACUCUGCUGUGAGACUCUUCUGAGAAAGCCCAAGCUGGACAGUCUUCAUUGGGACAGACUAUGCAGACCGAAUCACUGUACUGGAUUUACUCUGUUUAAAGAUGCUUGAUACUGUAAUGAACUAGCCUGACGUAGCCAUACUCAAAAUUCUAUUCAGAAUUUGAGUCUGGACCCAAAGUAUUGGGACGUGAUUAUGGGUCAUAUACCAACCGAUACAGGGGAAAAAAGCCUCUGCACACAAUUAGAUAGACCUAACCAAUCAGAGCAACGAAAUAGCCUAUCGUGAAAUCCUGCAGAGAACAGUCAGAACAUCCUUCUUCUGACAAAUGUCUUAAUCACUGUUUUCUGUUUGUUUUCUGAAGUUAUUGCGCCGUUAAUAUCUUGUACAAGCGACACAAUAGUGUCAUAAACAUGUAGCUUCUCUAGUGACAAGCUUUUUGCUGUAAACAAAUUCAACCGAAACGCGCUAUGGUCGCAGUAAUGAAUACGCACCGUUGCUCAUCAUCUGUCCAUCAUUGUAUAAAGCUUACCCUACUGCCGCACGCGCGAUUUGAUUGGUCCGCACGAUUCUCAAGUAUUCAGAGGCUUGUCAAUGAAACAAUUCCAGACCGAUAUUCCUGACCUCAAAUUUUGUGGCCGUGGCUAAGUUCGGGCUGGCUUUUCAGGCUAGUAAUGAACAGGUUCUGCCAUGAGACUCUGUAAAAAUUCCACACAGAAGUCUGUUGGAGAAUUCUAUGGAGAGAACAUACUAGACUUUGUAGAAAUGACUGUAUGGAAUAUUGGAUGUAGGGGAUGCUAGGGGAGAACACUGGCUAUCAGUAAAAAUGGAAUACAGAGAAAGGAUGGACUGUUGGCUGCAUCUUUAACCACAGUGUUAACCUUAACCACAAAAGAUGCUCUAUACUUGUGUCAUCUGGAUAUUUUAUAACAGGGCAGAUUUGUUCCUCAAGUGAGAAUUCAAUUUAAAGCCAAGGGCAAUAAAAUCAGCCAAAAGCACGCUCAGGUGACGUGAAUGACUAGGGGCCGUUGCUCGUCUGUCCAUCAUCUUAUAAAGCCCGUCCAGACGAUUUGAUUGGUGCACACAACUCUGGUGCUGGCGUAGAGGUACCAUGUUGCCCCAGAUGCACUGUUUGCACAAAGACUCUCAAAACAGACACCAGUGGGGGACAGAUGACACAAUGUGCCAAAACUGUGCCAAAACAUGUCUGGUAUGGAGUAAUGUUACUGCAAUAGUAUACAGAUGUGCCUUUUGCUUAAAGUUAUUAUUGUAAAUAUAAAUCAUGCAUAUUUAAGUAUCUGUAUGUGUAUGUGAUGCAUCAUGGAUGUGCACGAUAAAUCGUUAUUUCAUAUUAACUUCAGAGUUUCUGCAUAAAAGUAUAAAUAUAUGACUGUUUACACAAUGAACUUAUCCUGAAAUUAACACAUUACAAAGUAGAUAAAGGUGGUUAAAAUAGCCCACAGAAAAUAGGAAUGUGGAAGGCUAAACGUUGCCUCAACUUGACAGGAAGUGUUAAAUAAAUAAGGUAGCUGUGGGUUGGUGUAGGGAUAUGGCUGACACCUUUGCAUGGUUAACUUGCGAAAAACUUCAAAAGCUCACAUUUGAGUUGGAUUCAGCAGGCUUCUGCAUGUGACAUUCAAACUUUAGACAGUCAUGAUUAGAAAAGCUGCAUGGAGCUGUGUGAAUAUUAUAUACAGUAUAUACUGUAGUGAGGUAGUACUCAAGUCCAGUCUGGAGACCGAUUUCUGCUUUCUCGGACUCGUCUCGGACUUGUUCCUUCAAAGACUCGGUCUCGGGCCACAGUUGGGAGGAGAAGAACUCGUAAUUUCAGACCGAGUCCUCGAGACCAACGGAUU